AUGACCGUCGACGCGUUUCCGAGUUGCCAAUCCAUGGCGGACGUUCUCCCAUCAUGUUCCUGUCGACCAUCUAGCUCCACCGUGUUCUACGCCGCCUCUAGCCUCCUUGCUUCUCUCCGCCGUCUGACCUCCCUCCUCCCUCUCCCUCCUUCCUCCCAACCUCUCUCCACCUUCUUUCUCCAAUUCCCCUCUUUUCCCCUCUCCCCCACAACCCCCUCUCUCACCGCUCUCCCCACCUUUCCACCCCUUUCCAUAUUCCCCCAAAUCCCCCCUCGUUUCCCCAAAUUGCAGGCCUAUCUCGGCGAACCUAGUACUAUUCGUCGCAUCGCGUUUCUCGACUGCGUCCCUCCGCCAUUCGACCUGGUCGACCUUCGAAUCCGCAAGCACUUCAGAAUCCCCGCCGAGCAGCGCCUCCGGCUCAGAUACACUGACACGGAUGGAGACGUGCUGACUCUUUCCACUAGCGAGGAGCUUUAUGACGCGUUUGUUCUCCAGAAGCAGAACCCGCUGACAGUGAGAGUGUAUGACAGCGACGGGGUGACUGAUUCCGUCAGUUUGACAGACUCAGUCAGCGCAAAAUUUCACGUCAGCUGUGGUACUGCUACCCACGGCGCCAGCGUUUCUGUCGGCGUCAGCACCCCUCCUGAGCUGAUUCAACCCCUCUCCUCCUCUGAAGCAGCAGCCCCAGCAGCACCAGCAGUAGCAGCAGCAGAAGCAGCUACAGCAGCAGCACCAGCAGCAACAACAGCACCAGCUGCUGCAGCUCCUCCCUUACCUGCCUCCUCCGAAUCGACUCAUCUACCUCCACCUUCUGAUGCUGCCUCCGCUCUCCCUCCCGCCGCUGCCUCAUCUACCGCCGCUGCUCCUGCCUCUGCUCCUUCUACCACUUCUGCUUCCUCAUCCACCUCUGCUUUAGAGUUGUCUCACCUACCACUACCUCCUGACUCUGCCACCGCUCCCCCUCCCGCUACUGCUCCUGCCUCCGCCUUCCCUCCCGCAACUGCUCCCUAUUUUGCCUCUGCUCCCUUUCCUGCCUCUGCUCCCUCUCCCGCCUCUGCUCCUCCUCCUAAAUCUGCCACCGCCCCCGCUCCCGCCUCUGCAGCUGCUGCUCCUGUCUUUGGUGCUCCUGCUUCGGCUUCUCCUGCCCCUGCUCCAAUUUUUGGUGCUUCAACUUUCACUCUUGCUGCUCGUCCUCUUGUCUUCGGCACUCCUCUUCGUGCCGCUCCUACUGCAACUGCUGCUCCUGUCUUCGGCGCCCCGCUUAUUGGUGCUUCAACUCCCACUCCUGCUGCUCGUCCACCUGUUUUCGGCGCUCCUCGUACUUCCGCUCCUGCUGCAGCAGCGGCUGGUCCUUUUAAGAGCGGUCAUGUGCAUCUCUCUGCUCCAGCGUCAAAGAAAAGUGACUCAGGGUCUCUGUUUUCGCUUGCUCGUGCCACUCCUGCUGCUCCUGGUUUUGCCACUCCAUCUCCUGCUUCUGCUCCUGCGUUUGGCACUCCCACUCCUGCUGCUCCUGCUUUCGGCACCCCCGCCCGUGCUGUUCCUGCUGCGGCUGAUCCUGCAUUUAAUAAAACCGUUCAAGGGUUUCACCUGGGGCUUGCCAAUACGUCGAGACGGAAGGCGAGAAGAAUUCCCAGAAGAAAAUCGAGUUACUUUUGA